UCUGCAGAUAAUCAAAUGAUUGUCUACACAUGAGUUACAGCAUUUUCGUCUUCUGAUUCAUAACAUCAGUGCUAUAAUUCAAGAAGAUUAAGAACACAGUUCAACAAUACGAUGGCUAUAGCCGAUGUAAUGGAUGAUGUGGAUUACAAAACUAUCAAUUUUAACAUAGAGGAAGCAGAAUUUAGACACCCGCUAUGGUUGACAGAAUCUCACUUUGUGUAUAACCUCUACAGAGACGAAGAAGGUCAUCUGAACUGUCAUAGAAAUGCUGCAGGCGAUCCUAUUCUGUCACCUAGACCUUUGGCCAAAAUGUGCAUGAAUGAGCUAGUCUGUGAAGGGAACCAAAUAUCAGCAUUUGAAACAGAUGCUAUUCCUGCUGAUCUAUAUCCAAAUUUGCUAGCAGAGGCCAUUUUUCAACGACAAUUGCAAACUAUUGAUUUUUUAGUAUCAACAUGGCCACACUCAAUCCUUGACCUUCAAAGUGUUAUGCCAAAAGAAGACUUAGUGGAAGCUCAGCUGCUGACGAUACCAAUAGAGGGACAUGAUGGGAUAACUUUUUUGGACUGUAUAAUGUGCGGACUUCUAAGACAAAAGUAUUCUUCGAGAUUGAGAACAGUCAACCUAUCAGGAUUCAAACAAGAUCGCACGCUUUGUCGCGAUAUCUGCCGUCUUCCAUUAUUGUGGAUGCCACCCGCAGAUAGAGAUACUGAAAAGAUUUACGACGUUUUAUCACAAACUAUAGAUAUCACAGAAGAAAAGGUGCAAAAAUACCUGAACAGAAUAAAGUGUAUUUAUACAACCAUGGACGCUCAUGUUCCACAUGGACAUCAGUUUCCUCCAAUCACCAUUAUAUUGGACUGUAAAAUGACUCUAGACGAUGUUCCUAUUGGCUUGGCCUUACAGAACGAGACUCCGUUCAGAUUUGCUUGUCAGAGGCUGUGGACAGAACGUAUAAGUGAUGUUAAUCUACCAUUGAACGUACUACAUAAAGUACUUGAACCAAGGGACUUAACUGAACUAGAAAUAGAAGACCGGAAUCUCUGUACAGAUGGCGACAAUAUGGAGAUUUUACUUGAAGCAUUAUCGUUAUUGCCGAAUAUAAAAUCUCUCAGUCUCCCAAAUACCAUACACUGUAACGAAAACGAGGAAGCAGUGAAAGAACUGAACAAAGUACUGAGAACGAUGACCAAUUUAAAGAAAUUAAACUUUCCUCUUUGUAACUUAAAAGAUAAUUUAAGUGACCUUUUGAGUGGGCUGCAGCAGACACUGACGUUUUUGUCGCUUAGAGACUGUCGUCUGUCUGAAGCAGACGUGUUGUUUUUGCUAGAAUGGCCGUUAACACGAGGUUUGUUUGACCUGAAUGUAAGCAGAAACAAUCUUCGGAACUCAUACCAAAAUAUUUUGUCUCUGUUAGAAAAACUGGAAGAAAUCCGAUGUUUUUCAUUAUCUUAUUGUUGUUUUAGUCCUGCAGAACUACGAAAUAUUGUUAAUGUUGCUUCUAAAUGCACGAACAUAAAAACUCUUGGAAUCCAAAGUUUCACGCCAUUAUCAGAAACCGAUAGUCAAAUGAUUCUGAAAGGAUGUUGUUUGUUGACAAACUUGCAAAAAUGCCUAAUGUUACCAGAAUGUCAUGCGUUUUUAGGGAGCAAUGAAUUAGAUAGAUUUGACAACAGAGAAAAAUAUUUGGAACUUUGUGACAACAUACUAUCAGAUUUAAAACGUGAUGAUAUAGAACUUGAAUGAUUGUAUAACAAACAACUGGGCUUAUUUAUUUUAGAUUUAUUUAUUCUCUAUCUAACCACAGCUACCUCCUUUUCUAUUUUUACAAUUCAUCACUAAUUUGGAUUCGGUAAAGCUAAAAAGGAUGUUCCACCAAAAAUUAAAAAAGAGUACGUUGAAAUGGAAUAAAGUUAGAGCACAUAAGUAUCAUGGGAUUGAUGAAACAUCCCAAAAUAAUGAAACAUUGUCCGUACAUGCAACAAAUAUUCAGUGCGUGUUCCGAAUGGUAAGAACAAUCGCAAUCGCAUAUGGAAUCGGACGGUGAAUGUUAAUCGACAUCUAGGCUGGUUCUUUCUCUUGCAAUAUACUGCGUCACCCUUUUUGAGCCAUGCAAGCAGAUAAAGGACGGGGAACCAUUCUAAUCACUAUCAAAAUAUAAAUUCGAGAGUCAAAUUGCGCAAGACAUAAGUAAUGUGUUGAAUAUAACAAAUAUUGCAAGUGAAUCAAACAAUUAUCUGAACACAAUAGUCAAUAAUAGUAUAAGUAACGUCAAAAACAUUGUGCUUACUCAGCACAUAUAGAAAAAUGCUCCAGGAUAGAAGAGGUGAGAUGGACGAAUUUACUGUAAAAUCCAUUCAUGACUGAAAUCAUUAGUAUUAUUCAGAAAAAAAAAUUUCUUUGCAAAUUAUAUAUUUAAAGCAGCUCUAAGCUUACACUUCAUAUAUAAAUGAUUUAAAUGCAUAUCCCUUACAUGCAGUGUACAUACACAUUGACCAAUUCAAAAGAAUCAGAAUAAAAAAAGAUGUCAUGCAACCUCUCAUCAUUAAUGUUACCUGUUUUGUUUUGUACAAUUAAAGAAUAAUGCAAAGUGUUUAUUUUUAAAGAGAAAUGUUAAAUUUUUCUCUGUUUUAAUUUAUACAACGAAUAUAGUGCAAAAUAUUUAUCUGUAAAGUGAAAUCUUAAAUUUAUUCCUGUCUCUACUUCUGGGGCGUAUUUUUUUGUUCUUCGGUAGUGAGCCAGUAGAGGUCCAUUUCUGAUUUUUUGAAUAUGAAAGAUCUUCUGGCUCUCUUCCACCUCUUCUUUUUUGAUAGGCAAUUUAGACGGCAGAGGCACAUAACAAACAUGGCGUCGUAUAGUCUAAAUGACAUUAAUAAAUUUAUGAAUGCAGAUAUAUUAGAAUGUGAGCUGUGUUAUAAACGUUUUUAUGGUAUGACAGUCUUAGUAGGACAUCCCUGUAGGACGAUAAGCUGGAUAAAUAUAAGAACUACACGGACAAUAACAGUUAAGGGACGACUAUUUGAUAUUCUAUGGAAGGGAUUUUGAUUGAUUGGUGUUUAACGCUACUUUCAACACUAAGUUGGGCUAUUCCGUGGUGGUCAGUUUAAAUUUAUAGAUGAAGGAUGAGGAAGGGAAGAGGGCAUUAUUAACUUUUUUAAUAUGUCGCUAAUUAUGCCUAUUUUUCAGCUCUUACCAGUCAACCAUAUUCAUAUAUGAAAUCCUC